CAAACUAUGUUCUCUAAAUCGUACACAUUGUCAAAAGUGAAGGUUAUAAAACUCUUAUAAAAUCAUGCUCACACUCAAAUGGAGAACAUGCUCAAGAUUUUUCGAGUAUGUUUCAAAGCCUACUUAGAGUUAUACCCAAAACAAAAAUGGCUGAGUUUGAGUACGAUAAAAGUUUUAUAACCUCCAGGCCUAGAUGUUUCAAACAUACGGAACAAAAUUCCAUUGACGAUUCCUUACACGAAUGUAUAUCUACUAUCGUGAAGACUUGGACGUAAUUCUAUUAAUUUUUACCGUUGACCCAUUAACUUCCUCAAUUGUGAAUGUUUUACUUUCAUAUGGAAAUAACUCGUCGAUAUGGACGGUUUUUAUGCAGUAACUCUUCUGACAAUCAUUUGGUUUUCGUAUUUCGAAAUGUCAGGCGCUUUGAGGUGUUUAGGAAGAAACGGCAAGUUUGAAUGCUGCAAUGGUUAUAGGUGGAACGACACGACAAAAAACUGCAGUACAAGGUGUCUUCCCGGGUACUUCGGAGACAACUGUACCAGCCACUGUAGUCCUGGUCGGUAUGGGGAGGGCUGUGCUCGGGUAUGUACGGGGUGUGAGAAGGCUAUCUGCAAUGUUUCCUAUGGAUGCCCGGUCACAACAGAAGCACCAUUGGCACCACUUCGACAAUAUCAAAGCACUUAUCUCCGUCUUAACCUUACAGAAACCACUGAGAAUAAACACGAGGAGGUCUGGCAGAUGAUAUCUGCCGUCUUCUCGGCUGGAACAUUUGUCGCUGUCAUCACAGCGUUAACCAUCAAAUGUGUUGGUAGGUGGAGAACAACUACCGGGGCAGCAUCAGAGAGUAAGGGUCCCGUGUUAACUAACCAGAACUACCAGGCACUAAACAGCAAAACCGUCUUCAGUGGAAUGGCAAAUGUCGUGAUCAGCUUAAACACAACGGAGAAAAACUUCUCAGUCGUCAUGAAAACUGAAGAAAGUGCAGCAGCAUUUCAGUUAGAUGGUGUGGCGCCAAACGGUAUCACAACUUCUGGGAACACGUGGAACGGAAGUGAAAAGGUCUACGAAUCACUUCAAUAGUCAUUGCAUGUCGAUCUAAAACCUUUGAAAAUGAAUCAAAGACAACACGAUUUUCCUAUAAAAUUUACACAAUAAGUGACUGUUUUCUUACAUCUAUAUAUGUACAAUGUAUUCCAAUAUGGUGCGACACAUAUAUAUAGAUAUAGGAAUCUGAUAAAUUGUAUUCCUUAGUCAGAACUUUGAGAUUUGUCAUUCACAGUCACGUGUAUACAAUGUCACUAUUGUAAUAUGUAUAAAACACUACUGCUAAUGUUAUGUUAUCAUUAUUACAGUAAUAUGAAAGAAAUAAAUUUGGUUAAUAUACAGUAA